ACCUGGACUUGCGCUCCAGGCUACCAAAUCACUGUCCCCCUUUCCCAGAUUUACACGAUUAUCACUAUCCGACUCAUAUCGAAGGAGCCGAAAGUUGCCUUUAAAGCGGUGCAUGUAUCCGACCGGAGGGAUCUCUGCAACCAUACAGGCCAACAGGCUACGAGCUGAAGGCAUGGGCUCCAAGGACCAGGCGGUGCCCUUCUCCAACCAGGACUACGAGGCACUGAAGCAGGAAUGUUUGGAGUCCGGCGGCCUGUUUGAAGACCCCUAUUUCCCCGCUGAGCCUCCAUCCCUGGGCUUCAAGGAGCUCGCCCCCUAUUCCUCCAAAACUAAGGAUGUGGAGUGGAUGAGGCCCCCGGAACUGACAGACGAUCCUCAGUUCAUUGUGGGUGGUGCCACGAGAACAGACAUCUGUCAGGGAGCGCUGGGCGACUGCUGGCUCUUAGCAGCCAUCGGCUCUCUCACCCUGAAUGAGAGGCUUCUUCAUCGGGUUGUCCCUCAUGGCCAGUCCUUCCAAGAUGACUAUGCUGGAAUCUUCCACUUCCAGUUCUGGCAGUUCGGCGAAUGGGUAGAUGUUGUGAUAGAUGACAGACUGCCUGUCAAAGGCGGUGAGCUCAUGUUUGUCCAUUCUGCUGAGGGCAAUGAAUUCUGGAGUGCUCUCCUGGAGAAGGCGUAUGCCAAGCUGAGUGGCUCCUAUGAGGCUCUCUCCGGAGGAAGCACCACCGAAGGGUUCGAGGACUUCACAGGUGGUGUGUCUGAGAUGUACGAGCUCCGCAGUGCUCCCAAAGAUCUGCACAGGAUAAUUGGCAAAGCCCUGGAGAGAGGCUCUCUGCUGGGCUGCUCCAUCGAUAUCACAAGUGCCUUCGACAUGGAGGCUGUUACAUUCAAGAAGCUUGUGAAAGGCCACGCCUAUUCAGUCACUGGACUGAAGGAGGUUGAUUUCCGCGGCAACAUGGAACGCCUCAUCAGAAUCCGUAACCCUUGGGGUCAGGUGGAGUGGACUGGUGCCUGGAGUGACAAUUCUCCUGAAUGGGAUGAGAUUGACCCGUCUGAACAAGAGGACCUGCACCUGAAGAUGGAAGACGGGGAGUUUUGGAUGUCCUUCAGUGAAUUCAAGAGGCAGUUUUCUCGGCUAGAGAUCUGUAACUUGACUGCUGACGCUCUGAGUGAGGACAGUCUCAGCCACUGGAACACCAUGAAGUUCUACGGCGCUUGGAGGAGAGGCAGCACCGCUGGAGGCUGUAGGAACCAUCCCAACACGUUUUGGAUCAACCCUCAAUACAAGAUCACGUUGAUGGAGGAGGAUGAUGACCCAGAGGAUGAUGAGGUGGCGUGCAGUUUUUUAGUAGCUCUCAUGCAGAAGGACCGCCGCAGAUAUCGGCGCCAGGGUCAGGACAUGCACACUAUUGGCUUUGCUCUUUAUGAGAUUCCAGAAGAGUACAGAGGCUGCCAGAAUGUCCAUUUGAAGAAAGAUUUCUUCUUGAAGCAUUCAUCGUGCGCUCGCUCUGAGACCUUCAUCAACCUGCGAGAGGUGAGCACGCGGCUUCGUCUGCCUCCUGGAGAGUACCUCGUCGUCCCCUCCACCUUUGAGCCCAGUCAGGAGGCGGACUUUGUCCUCAGAGUAUUCACUGAGAAGCAAUCAGAAACAGAAGAACUGGAUGAUGAAAUCUCUGCCGAUUUAGGGGAUGAUGAUGAAAUUACCGAAGACGACAUUGAUGACUCUUUUAAGUCCAUGUUCGCCCAGCUAGCAGGAGAGGACAUGGAGAUUUCUAUUCACGAGCUUCGGACCAUUCUAAACCGAGUCAUCUCCAGGCACAAAGAUCUGAAGACUGAUGGCUUCAGUGUGGACUCAUGCAGGACCAUGGUCAACCUGAUGGACAAAGAUGGUAGUGCCCGUUUAGGGCUGGUGGAGUUCCAGAUCCUCUGGAAUAAAAUCCGAAAGUGGUUGGUCAUUUUUAGAGAUUUUGACCUUGACAAGUCAGGGGCCAUGAGCUCAUAUGAGAUGCGUCUUGCAGUGGAGGCAGCAGGUUUUAAACUGAAUAACCGACUGAACCAGAUUCUGGUAGCCCGGUACGCAGAGAACGAGAUGGUUGACUUUGACAACUUCAUCUGCUGCUUGGUCAAGCUUGAAGCCAUGUUUAGGUCUUUCCAGCAGUUUGACACGGAGGGAUCAGGAGAGGCUGAAAUGAAUGUCACACAGUGGCUUUACCUGACAAUGUGUGGUUGAAGAGGGCCUUCUUCACUGGAUAGAGAUAUAGAGUAAAGGCACAGUGGCUGCAGAUUGCGAAGAACCCUGAGAACUGAUGAUCCAUCAACCUUAGCGACAUUUAACACAUCCCACCUCAGCGUACGUAAAAUAUAAAAAUAGCUGUAUAACGGUAACCAAAGUAAAAUCAAGCCAAGUGUCUCCAGGAAAAUGUUUAGAAACUAUGCAAACCUGCAGUAGGAAGCAGUCAGUGUGCCACAUAGAUCUGUCAUCUCUGUAAAAACAGCAUGUCUCUGACUCUAUGCAUGACACAAAUCACUAGCUGUAAUGUGCAUUGUUGCAAGUUGAUUUAGCAUUUCUGCAUUUUAGUCUUGCUGUCUGUUUUAUUGUCAGCUGAUUUACUAACAAUAAUUUCACUGUCCUCAUUAUUUCAAACUCUCACUAAAUGCGGUUUUGCUAAGGAACACAGAAGUAGAAAUCUGAAGAAGCCAGUUACUGUAGUGUUGCUUUAACAUGUGAAGUCCUAGUUUCUCUGCACUCAUGUUUCAAUUUUGUCCUGAUUUUAGAGCAGAGAUUAACAAGAAAUGAUAGCCUUAGUGUUGAGUUGGUAGUUCCAUUAUUCGACCUGUAGAUGGCAGUACAGAACUAAUGUAACGUUUAGCCUGUUAAUAUAUUACACAAAUAUUUUUCUUUAGUUGAGGUUGAAUUUAAGCACCUGAACUUUUUCAGUUUUAUUUGAUUGUUUUUAUUUUUGCACUGAGUAUUUAGUUUAAAGGAAGAUGCUACUGAAGUUGCCUAACAUUUGUGGGAAAAAAAUUGUUUUUUUUCAGUCCACUCAAAUUACAUUUACAGGGAUCACAUGAUACUUAAUGCCUUAGACAUAACACACUGAUGUUAUAAACAGCUAUUAACUUUACGCCAGUCAUGUGUUUUGUGUAGUGAAUGUAUGUUGUGCCUUCAAUAAAAUACACCCUUAAUGGUU